GCGCCAAGGGCAGGUCCAAAUAGUUCGUCCGAUUAUGCAACUCGAGCGCUCUGGACCAGGGCCUCGCUCCCGCAACUCGCGUGUCAACUCACCCAAUCUGCCUGCGUCCACCGCUCGCCACCUCACCUGCCUCCACUGCCGCGUUAUAAGCCCGUGGGGCCCACUUCCGCGUUAUAAUUCCGCCUCGCCCCACUGCCUCGUUACCAGUCGCCGUUGCGGCGGCCUCGCCGUGUUCGCCCUCCGAUCUCUCUUCCGCGCGACGCUUUCUCGCCUGCCACGCGCUCAAAGAGACCAAGUUCAGAGGGAUCAGUUUCGGAGCGAUUCGUUCCACCUUGGGAGAAACAGGGCCGGCGGGAGUUUUUCCUCCACUCGGCUCAAGAGUCCACCCGCUUCCCGCUUCCGUCGACUCGAAAGCCACCUCUUCUCCACGCAGGACCUGCUGGGGCUGACCUGUCGUUGGUGCGCGAACCUUAGAGCUGUGAUCGUCGACGACUCGCUUUCCGAUCCAGCAGGCUCACUAGAUAGUAGUCUUGGGCUCUACUCCCUCCGGUUCGCUCACUCUACGUACCAGCAGCAGCAGCAGCAGCAGCGCAUGUCGUUGAAUCGCACUUGCCGCCGUCUCCUGGGCGGAUCGCGCGUGUAUGGCGGCUUGCAAGUCAGCAAACAUCGUCAUACCGCUGUCAAUAACGCGCAUACUGCAGGAACUUUUGAGGCACUUCUAGAUUCACUUGGUGCUACAAUAGCUGCCGCCCAGCAUGGUACGGCAGCUUCUAGGCAAGUUCCAGGGACGAGAAAUGGCAUUCACCCGCCAAUAGCAGCAGCUUCUGAGCUACGGCCGCAGCGCGCCGCGAUCCUCCUUGCAAGAGCGCGUGAUCACUCCACCUCAUCGAGACCCCUUGGUGCCAUCCGAGCGACCCCAGCCGUUGAUCCUGUGCGUGGAACGUCAGCCGUCCAUUCCACACCCGCAAGAGCACGUUCUCAUGGGCAGCUGAUGGUGUCGCUGUUGGCUGCACGGCCGCUGUCAACCGCUGCUGCAGUCACAGAACCACCACCCCACUCAAAGCGCUCCUGGCUGGCAGUGGCGCUGCUGCUGCUGCCGUGUGCCACCGCCUUCGGCCUGGGGACCUGGCAGAUUCAGCGCUACUACUGGAAGCUCGACCUAGUGGAGCACAGGAAGCAUCGGCUGGAGGAGCCACCAGUGCCAUUGCUGGAGGCGCUGCAGUCGCAGGCCCUUGCACAGGGCACCGAGCAAGCGCCACCCGCACCGCUCUCCACACCAGCAGCCACACCAGCAGCCACACCAGCAGCCGCUUCUGGUUCUCAUGGUAGCGUGACCACCGAAGCUCAUGGGUCUGGUUCGGCAGCAGGGGAGUCGGGUUUGGCAUCAGGGGAGUUGGAGUUUCGGCGCGUGGAGUGUGAGGGGCGGUACGACGACGCUCGUUCCCUGUUUGUGGGGCCGCGGGCGCACACCGUGCGGGGCGCACAGGAGAAGGGGUACUUCCUCGUGACUCCGCUUGUUCCCCCUGCUGGCAGCCCACAGCCAGCCGUGCUAGUGAACCGCGGAUGGGUGCCAGAGGCAGUGCGGCAGGAGGCAGAGGCGUGGAUGGCAGGGGAGAGGGCGAGGGGAGCCGCAGGGGAGGGGGCGAGGCAGGAGGUUACGAGCAGCAGCAGUGGAGGCAGUAAUACUAGCGCGUGUGGGAAGAGCAGCAGCCGUGGGUGGUUUGGGCGAGGUCAGGGGCAAAUACCAACGCCAGCGGAGCGUGCCAGUGAGGUUAACGCUCCUCCGAUCAUCAAAGUGAGUGGUGUGGUGCGAGGCAGCGAGAAGCCCAACCACUUUGUGCCGCCCAACUCCCCCCAGCACGGGGAGUGGUUCUGGGUGGACGUGCCGACCAUGGCUCAGGCCUGUUGCCUGCCACGUGACACUCUGCUAUUGGACGCCAUGAGACCAACUGAGGAGGAGGAGCAGAGAGAGGAUGGCAAUACCACUUACAGCAGUGGCACCAGCAGCAGCAGCCAUGCAGGUGUCUGCCCUGCAUUCACUAGCGACCCGCGCUUCCCGCGCCCCAAGGACCCGGAGGAGCUGGUGAAGCUGGCAGUCAUGCCCUUGGACCACAUCACCUACGCCGCCACAUGGUACUCCCUCUUCACAGCCACAUCAGUGAUGGCCUACAAGCGCCUUCGAGUCGUGCCCAAGAAGAUGCGCUGAGUUAACCAUGAGGCCGGCUCUUCAAUGUUACCCAUUGUGGCAUUUGGAAAACCCUCUUGCAUGGAGGAAGGAUAGGAUGCUCAUGAGCUUUGUUAUAAGUGAGGAGAUCAGUUGAAUAGCAAUUCGUACCCAUAUUGCUGUAUUGCAAUAACGAGGUUAUAAGGCAACACUGACAGGCCAGGCGCUUCUCAAGCCAGUGGUGGUUCAACUGCCUCCUUUCCGACCGAUCCCUUCUGUCUCGCCCUCAACCCCCGGGUGAAGGGAGAUUUGUUGGUGUGCGGGGCACUUUUCGACACCUCGGAAGCAGGGCCCUUUUUAUCAGACGAAAUUGGUCUGAUGUGUCAACUUAUACAUGUUAGCUUUGUACAAGUUAUAGGCUAGACUGAGGUGUGCUUUUAGUGAGUACAACCAGCUAGUACUUGUUCUAGGUUUCUACUGUUGGGCUGAGAAAUGCCCUUAGGAUCUUUCCAGAGACUAAGUCCCAGUUGUAAAGGAAACUUGAGUAGUGCAGC